AUGGCUGAUCUACCUCCUCCACAAGAUGGACCUAAAUACCCGAACAACCCCGGCAGUUACGACGAAAUCCACAGGAAAUGUCGUGAUUUGUUCCCAAUGUGUUUCGAAGGGGCUAAAGUGAUGUUACAGAAGGGAUUGUCUCAAAACUUUCAAGUAAGUUAGUUUGUUUUGUUGCUUUUUGGUUUAGAUACAAGCAGAAGAAAGUUUGGAAGAUAGAAAUGAGUAGAUGAAUAUUGUUUUUUGAGGAUAAAAGCAGUUAUUAAGGAUAGUAUCUGAUUUUAUGUCUAAUUUUGCUUGUUUUAGGCAAAUUUGGAAAGUUUUUAAAAAUUUUUCUGAUUAGGGAUUAAAUUAUCUUUUUACUUUUAUAUAAGACGACAAAUAGAAGUAUUUUUAAAGCCAUUUCAAAGACUUAAAUUAUGUUUUAGGUAAUUUAAUCUUUAUCUUUCAGGUUUCUCACACUUUGAGUAUAUCAAAAGCCAACACCGGGUACAGAUUUGGCGCUACAUACGUCGGCGAAAAGGUCGUGGGCCCAGGCGAAUCGUAUCCAGUGAUUCUCGGUGACACGGAUCCUCAAGGAAAUACCUCUGCCACACUCUUGCAUCAGUUCGGCGACAAAUACAGAGUAAAGGUUCAAAGCCAAGUCCAACAAGGAAAGUUGGCGGCCGCUCAAGCUUUCAUCGAACGAAGAGGCGCCAAUUCCUCGUUGGGAUUAACGAUUGUGAACCCUAAUUUUAUAGCUAAUAGUGGUAUUCUAGUAGGACAGGUGCUGCGAAGAUUGACGGCACGAUUAGACGUUGGUGCUGAGUUGAUCUAUCAGAGGGAAAAACAGAUUCCAGGUAUGGUUUUGAGAUGAAUUUUUGGAGAUGUAGGUGCAUAUUGAGGCUUAAAAGUUAUGUUUUUAAACGUUUUAAAAAAUCUUGAUAGUAAGAGUAUUUAAUGGCUAAUAUAGGCAUUAUAUGGCCUAUAAUUGGCAUGAAAAAUGAAGAAAAUUUUAAAAAAGACUUAAAAAAAUUGCUUUAGGUGGCCAAAUGUCGGUAAUGUCGUACGCGGCACGCUACACAACGCCCAACUGGACAGCUUCAGCGAAGUUCGGCGAAACCGGUCUUCACUGCUGUUAUCAUCACAAACAAACCCAGAACCUGCAAUUUGGUGUAGAAUUCGAAACAAACUUCCGUCUGGGCGAAACCUUGACCACCUUUGCCUAUCAAGUUGAGGUUCCAGAAGCCGACAUGACUCUACGUGCUUCCGUGGACACCAACUGGACCGUAGGCGCUGUUAUGGAGAAGAAACUCAGCCAACAAUUACCUUUCUCACUAGCCUUGAGUGGCUUGUUGAAUCAUGUCAAGAACGAAGGCAAAUUUGGUAUUGGAUUUAUUGUCGGAUAG